CGAACCCGACUCACAAUCCAUACAUUCGGCCCGACCGUGCUCGCCGUGUACACAUAUACGCACAGAGUAUUUUCAGUUUUUCGUUUUUUGUCUUACGCUCGCGGCUUGCGAUUCACGUUAUAAAACAACGCACAAUUUUUUACCGUGACGGAAAUUUAAAAUGUUUAAAAUGUUCGCGACAGUGUGGUUUCUAGCGGCUUUGGCAUUAGCCGUCGUCGGACAGGCGACGAAUAACGACGGCGACGAUGACCAGCGUCAAGGCAGAGGGUGGAAUAUGCUGGAUGGAGCCAAACGUUCUUGCGUCGGGUUGAAUGGCCGACCAGGUAUAUGUAUGGGCCAAAGCGAGUGCACUGAAGCUAACGGAAAGUCAGUGGGCAGGUGUUUUCCGUUCGAUGCUUGCUGUUCGGUUACCCCAAAUUCGUGUGGUGGAUCUUCGAGUUCAAGCAUCACAUAUUUCCAAAGCCCUGAAAAAUUCCAAGACGUAUGUGCGUACAAGAUAAACGUCAGACGAAACAUUUGCCAGAUAAGAAUCGAUUUCGAGAGAUUUUCACUCGGCCAACCGACCAAACUUACGUCAGAAUCAGCAUACACGUGUGAACGUGACGAGUUUACAUUGAUUACAAACGGCAACACCAAAAUAAACGUGCCCGUUUUAUGCGGUGAAAAUGCCGGUCAACAUGUGUACGUGCCGGUGAACCAGCAGCAGUCAGAAUCAAGGAGCAACAACAACAACCACAACAACAAUAACAACAAGGAACAGUUGACAUUAAAGUUCCGGUUGACCGCCAGGGACGAAGACUACUCUGAACCGGAACCAUUUUGGAAAUUGAAGAUCACGCAAUUGGAAUGCCAAACGACGUCGACUAACUGGUGGAAGAUUAAAGACAUCGCACGCCAAGUUUGGGACUGGGAAGAUGAGGAGAGAGACGCCUCGAAAUCCAAGUACAGUCUAGCGCCAGAAGGUUGUUUGCAAUACUUCACUGACAGACGUGGUUCGUUCGAAAGUUUCAACUACAACAGAGGCAUGGGGCACUAUUUGGGAAACUUAAAUUACGCGACGUGUUUCAAAAGGAAUCAAGACACGUGUGGAAUCAAAUACGAGGCGGUGAAAUUCCAAAUGGCGUACAACCAGAAGUUGACCGGUUCCACGGACCGGGAUUGCGACACUGCUGCUGACUUUGCGCUGACCACGCUCGCACCAGGACAGACCACUUCGCCCGCUGGAACCACUCCACCGCCCGCAGAAACCACUUCGCCGACAGCGGGAACCACUCAACCACCUGCGGGAACCACUCCACCACCCACGGAAACCACUGCACCACCGAACGAUGACGAAUUCGAAACGCAGCCGAACGGGCGUAGCAGGAGACGGCCUUCCGAACGUGGCGUCCACAACGACUACUUGCUCAUACCGGACGGUCUUUAUUCGGGCUCGCGAUUCGCGUCUAAAUAUUGUGACAAGUCGCUGGAAAACAUCGAUGAAAGCACAGUCAAGACUCAAGGGCCCCUGUACGUGGCAUUUGUCAGCGACGAUUACUCGAAUCCUAACGAAGACGUGGAAAAGGGAUACAAGAUCGAUUAUUCAUUGACAAAUACUGGGUGUUAAACACAUUAUACAAUCAUAAUUCUAUUUAUUUUAAACACUAACAAAACUCACUACAAAAGCAUUUUGUUAUGCAAUUUUAUUUAUUAAUUUAUUAUAAAUUAUAAUAAUAUAUACUUAUUUAUUUGAAAA